ACAAUAUUUAACACCCUCCUUCCCUUCCUCUCUUUCCCUCACAUCUCCUCUUUGGAAUCUGGCUGCAAAUUGUUAGUUUUUGAUCCAAAGCCUUGCAAUCCAGAUAUAGAAAAUAUCUUAGGAAACAAGUUUUGGUAUCAUCUGGCACAUAACCAGAUACUGAGAACUUGUUUCCCUUGAGGUAUAUUUGAUCAAAGCUCACCAAUAUGGGAAAAGGUUUGACAACAUUGUUGCUUUCCUGUGUUCUGUUCUCUCUCUGUGCCUCAUCAUUCGCCCAAACCUGCAAGAGCUAUACUUUCUCUAGCAACAAGGUAUUCACCUCAUGCCAAGACCUUCCUGUAUUGAAUGCUUUCCUUCACUGGAGCUAUGACCAAUCAACCAACAAGGUUGAUAUUGCGUAUAGACACACUGGAACCUCAACUUCCAGGUGGACUGCUUGGGCCAUCAACCCUACAGGAUCAGGAAUGGUAGGAGCACAAGCCCUUGUGGCGUAUCAAAACUCCAGUUCAGUCAUGCGUGUAUACACAUCCCCUGUGUCUGGAUAUGGAAUAUCUACGUUGAUAGAGGGUGAUUUGAGCUUUGCGGUUUCAAAUCUCUCUGCAACCUUUGCGAAUAGUGAGAUGACAAUAUUUGCUACACUGACGCUUCCUAGUGGCACAACGGUGAACCAAGUCUGGCAAGAAGGUCCUCUGAGUGGAGAUAGUCCUAUUAGCCAUGAUACCGCUUCAAGUUCAGCAAAUAUGAAAUCAGUGGGCUCUCUGAAUUUUCUGGAACAGCAGACAGGUGGAGGUGGAGGCGCUCCAACUCCAACGCUCCAGCCGACAACUCCGUCUACAGGAGGUGGAGUCGCUCCAUGGCGUCCAAGACUGAAUGUAACUAUAUUCAUAGGUCUAAUUGUUUCUAUUAUGAUCAGUUCUAAAUUCUAAAAUAUAUUAGUUGAUUGUUAAUUUCCUUCUUAAAAGGAUUCAAUUUUAGUUUUCCAUCAUUAUAAUAACUAGUCCCACUUCCAUAUAUAUAUAGUUUGGGAGAAUGCCCGAGUUUAGACUGAUUUCUUUCUUUUGUACUUUAGUAUUCUCUGUUAUGAAAGAGAACUCAAUGUAAUGAGAGAAAGAAAAACUUUGGGCAAUGAAUUAAAUAAAUC